ACUUUGACAGUACGUAAAAGUUCGUGAGUCGGAUCGAGUGUUUGUCUUGAAAUAAAAUUUUAAUUAGAUUUUAAUGUAAUUGUUUACUUUCGCAUAAAUAUUGGUUUAAUUAGGUUAAGGGAGAUAUGCGUCUAUUAAUUUGGUUUAACUUUUAGUUAUUUAAAGCUGAAUAAACAAGUUAUUGAGUUAAGCAGUGUUAUCUUAUCUUUACGUGAAUACCUGUUCAUUUAACGUGUUAUUGCUUUCCUGGAACUUUAAGCGAGCUUACAGCGAGAAAAUGGACACUUUAAAAUUCUACUUCGUAACAUGGAAUGUGGCCACCCGAUCACCGGGUCAAGAUCUCAACUCUUUGUUGGACUUCCCGUCACAAUACAACAAAAACAAACCUCUUCCAGACUUCUACGUCAUUGGACUACAAGAGGUGAAAUCACAGCCACAGAAUAUGAUUAUGGACUCAAUAUUCUCUGAUCCAUGGACAUCGACUUUCAAUAAAAUACUGUGUAGACAAGGCUUUAUUAUUGCGAGAAGUACGAGACUCCAGGGACUGUUGCUCUUGGUGUACACACAGCUAAAGCACGUCACACACCUCAGGGAUAUUGAGGCGCAGUACACAAAGACUGGCCUUGGAGGCAUGUGGGGCAACAAAGGCGCCAUCAGCAUAAGAUUCAACCUGUACGGCUGCUCGAUGUGCCUCGUGAACUCCCACCUUACUGCGCACGAGCACCUCUUAGCAGAUCGCGUCAAUGAUUACAAUACGAUCAUCAAACAGCAUGCCUACCACGUCACGGAGACUUCGAACAUCUUGUACCAUGACUACGUAUUUUGGAUAGGCGACCUCAACUUCCGCACCGAUCAUCCCACCCCAGACAAGCCAAGUCCUACAUCAGAGGAGAUUGUAGAAACGCUACAGAAAGUAGAAAAGGAUAAAUACGCGUCGCUACUGAAGCACGACCAGCUCAUAGCAGUCAUGGAAUCUGGGGAGGCCUUCUCAGAGUUCAAGGAACCAGAGAUACGAUUCCCUCCGACGUACAAGUUCGGCAUUGGGGGAGACGAGUACGAUUUGAAGAGAAAACCGUCGUGGACUGACAGGAUUUUGUACAAAGUGAUAGAAGACAACUACGAGAACAUCAAGCUUCGAGCCGACUUAGUCUCGUACGGUCACAUGCCUCACUACACCAUCAGCGAUCACAAACCCGUCGUUGCACUGUUUAAUAUCAAGGUCCGGCACGGCUUUACAAGGUCCCUCAUCGAAGAACAACCCCGCGUGGCCCGAUCGGGCGUCAGAAUGCGAGCGGCCAUGGCGAUUCCUACCAGCGCUCUAAUAGAUGACGCUCCUACAGAAGAUAACGUUGAUAAUCCCUUGCGUUCCGUCGUGGAAGAGGCAUCGGACCCUGACGCAUUGUCCAGGCCCUUAGAAGCGUAUAUUCCCCCGGACUUCACGUUAGAAGGGAGCUCCGCAUCUGAAGAGACAUUCUCCAACUACACGGAAAAGACCGUGGAAUUUGCGCCCAUCCACCGCAUCUGGUACAUCGGCGACGCAGACUUCAGGACCCAGUGCACGCUGUCACAUGACGUUGAAGUGUAUGCCAACGACUGGAUUGGAAUUUACGACGCAAACUUCCACAGUUUAGACGACUACAUAGCGUACGAAUACCUCACCAAAGUGAGUUUGCCGCAUACAUCGGAGGCUGGCCAGCCGCGUACCGUUACACUAAGUUUCCCAGUGGGCAGUGGAGUGAGGACGCCUGGCUUCUACCGCUUCAUAUACUUCAGCCAGCCGAAUAAUGACGUCAGGAGUGUGCUGGGCAUUUCUGAACCUUUCGAAGUAAGCAGCAAAGAGGACAGUUUAGUGACCAUUGACCCCUGCGAGCAACCUUCAAGCAGUAGCUCGCCAGGCCGGUCAAAACCGGCAACCGGUUUGGACAUCUUCACCGACUUCUCUGGUCUAGACGUGACCAAGCUCUCGCGUCACGUGUCUCACGACCUCAGCAUCGACUGA